AAGAAAAAGAAAAAACCAAACCCACCCGUGCGCGCUCGGAGGCCGCGCCGCACCCGUACCGGAGCGUCGGUCCGUCGAACACCUAGCAGGCAGCCAUGGCCCUCCACCUCCUCACUCCCACCCACCUCCACCACCCCUCCUCCCCCCUCCCGCGCCGCCGCGCCGCCGCCUCGGCCACAGCCACGCUCGCGCACCCACUCCGCGCCCACCCCCGCCUCCGCCUCCGCCUCGCCACCGCCGCGUCCUCCCCGCGCACCGGGCCACGCCGCGCCGGCAUGUCGGCCAUCCGCAGCUCGCUCAUCGACCCGGACGGCGGCGCGCUCGUCGACCUCGUGGCGCCGCCGGGGCGCCGCGCGGCGCUGCGGGCCGAGGCGGAGGCGCUCCCGCGGGUGCGGCUCGCGGCCGUGGACGUGGAGUGGGCGCACGUGCUCGCCGAGGGCUGGGCGUCCCCGCUGCGCGGCUUCAUGCGGGAGCACGAGUACCUCCAGUGCCUCCACUUCAACUCCCUCCGCCUCCCCUCCGGCGGCCUCGCCAACAUGUCGCUCCCCAUCGUGCUCGCCGUCGACGACGCCGCCAAGGACCGCGUCGGGGCCGCCCCCGACGUCGCGCUCGCCGGGCCCGACGGCGAGCUCCUCGCCGUCCUCCGCAGUGUUGAAAUAUACCCUCACAAUAAAGAAGAAAGGAUUGCAAGAACAUGGGGGACAACUGCGCCUGGCUUACCUUAUGUCGAUGAGGCGAUAACACCAGCUGGGAACUGGCUGAUUGGUGGUGAUCUGGAGGUGUUGCAACCCAUUAAGUAUAACGAUGGCCUCGACCAUUACAGGCUUUCACCCCAGCAACUUAGGGACGAAUUUGACAAGCGUGGGGCUGAUGCUGUAUUUGCGUUCCAGUUGAGAAAUCCAGUCCACAAUGGGCAUGCACUGUUGAUGAAUGACACUAGAAGGCGUCUCUUGGAAAUGGGUUUCAAGAACCCCAUUCUACUGCUACACCCCUUGGGUGGUUUUACAAAAGCUGACGAUGUCCCACUGCCUGUUCGAAUGGAACAACACAGCAAGGUCUUAGAAGAUGGAGUCCUUGACCCUGAGACCACUAUCGUGUCUAUAUUUCCCUCUCCAAUGCAUUAUGCUGGUCCAACAGAGGUGCAGUGGCAUGCGAAGGCAAGAAUUAAUGCCGGUGCUAAUUUCUACAUAGUGGGUCGUGAUCCAGCUGGCAUGGGCCAUCCAACAGAGAAGAGAGAUCUGUACAACCCAGACCAUGGGAAGAAAGUCCUAAGCAUGGCCCCCGGUUUGGAGAAACUCAACAUAUUGCCCUUCAAGGUAGCAGCAUACGAUACGGUAGCGAAGAAGAUGGCUUUCUUUGAACCUUCACGCAGUCAAGAUUUUCUGUUCAUCUCAGGAACCAAGAUGCGCACUUUCGCCAAAACCGGAGAGAACCCUCCUGAUGGUUUCAUGUGCCCUGGUGGGUGGAAGGUUCUUGUUGACUACUACAAUAGCUUGCAAACGGAAGGAGCUACCACCCCCGCCACCGCUACUGUAUGAGACAAGCUGCUGCAUGGCUUUGAGAUCAUUUGUUCGCCGGCCAGAAAUGGUGAACACAGGGGAUUUCAAACCGUACCUUCUUUUUUCCGCCCUUUCUUUUAAGUUUUUUUGUAGGUCGCUAGUUUAUUGAUGCCAUCAGAUCCUCCAAUUGUUCAAAUUUUUUCUUUCAAAAUAGAAAGAAAGAUUUUGAAGCUUGGCACUGAAACUCAAAACUGUUGACAGAUCGAGCUGUAACCGCACCGCAGAUUCUGUUAUUAUCCUGUGAUGACUCUGACAGUCCAACUAGCCAAUAAAGAAGUUCAUUGCAAUUGUGGGA